AUGGGAGCUACUAGUACCUGCCGGACGGGAUGGGCGUCCGCCCCAGCAGCACUCACUUGCGCAGUCGUGGCGCUGUUCGGAGUGUCAGAUGCUCGGAGGCCCACGUCCGACGUGCCUAUCUACACCACUUCGGAUGUCGACGUAGGGGCGGAGCGCCAUUGGGCGCUUGUGAUGGAGGACGACGCUACAGAUGAAGAGCUGGGUGGCAUUCGCCAGGAGUUCAACAACGGGCAGCACAGCCAUCCGGGCAGAGGCGAGAUGCCAUUCGUGGCGGGAAGCAUGACGAAAAAUUCUCUCAAUGCGCUAUUGGCGAGGCACAAGGGGCGCGUGAAGUUUGUUCAAGAGGACCAGUUUUCGAAAAGGGUCCCAGACAUGGAGACCGUCAAUGCAGAAGACGUGUACGUGGAGGGGCGUGCCUCCCGGACCUACCCGUGGGGCAUCCAGUACGUCGGCGCGAACGUGGUUCGGGGGCGGGGCGCGGGAGUGCACGUGUACGUGCUGGACACGGGCAUUCGCAUAACCCACAACGAGUUCGGCGGUCGCGCUUUCGCAGGAGUGGACGUGGCCGCCUCGGGAGAGUACCCGGGCACUCUCACAGAGUGCGCGCCCCUCAGCACAACGUGCGCUGCAGACGUCCAUGGGCACGGCAGCCACUGUGCGGGCACAGUGGGGGCUUCGACCUAUGGCGUCGCGAAUGGCGCGACCGUCUGGGCAAUGAAGGUCCUGAAUGAUGCAGGCUCCGGCUGGACCACGUGGUCCAUCCUGGCCGAGCAAUGGAUUUUGUCGUCUGGGAACAGGCCAGCGGUGGUCAGCAUCAGUAUCCAGGCCAAUUACAAUGACCUGGCGGAGCAGACCUCGAUCGACAAUUUGGUAGCCGAUGGCGUGGCCGUGGUGGUGGCUGCGGGGAACUCUAACCAAGACGCGUGCAGCUGGAAUCCAGCUUGGAUCCCGUCGGCGAUCACUGUAGCAGCCUUUGGCGGGACGUCAGGGUCCUCAUGGGACAGGUCUUCGUACAGCAACUGGGGCUCCUGCAUCGAUGUGUAUGCCCCGGGCACGAGCAUCCUCUCGACGGGCCCGUCCAGCGACACCCACACCUAUUACAACACAGGCACGUCCAUGGCUUGUCCACACGUCGCUGGGCUCGCGGCCAGAAUGUACGAGGCGUAUCCAGCGGCGGGAUCCAUGACCGCUGCGCAACGGUGGGACCUCCUAAAGAGCACGAACUGCACUGGUUGCGUCACGAAUGACGCGACCCCCACGCCCACUAAUAACCUGGUGAUCAUGGCCCUCCCAGCGAAUCCGUGCUCCGUCUUCGACGGGUCAGGGUCGAGCGCGAGCUACCCGUGCGAUUGCGGCAGCGCUUUGUGCACAAACGGUGAGAUUUGCACCAGCAGCAUCGACAAUUGCGGACCAGCCUCCCCGACGCCAGCUCCUGCACCGACAGCUGCGCCGACAAUCGCGCCCCCAACAGCUGCACCGUCGCCCUCGCCGACUGCAGCACCCACAGCUGCGCCAACUGCACCGACGGAGGCACCGACCGCUUCCCCGACAGUUGCGCCGACAGCAGCACCGACAGCUGCGCCCACUGCUGCGCCGACCUCAUCCCCAACAGCAGCGCCCACUGAUUCUCCAACGGCAGUGCCCACAGCUGCGCCGACGGAGGCACCGACCGCUUCCCCGACAGUUGCACCGACAGCAGCACCGACAGCUGCACCCACUGCUGCGCCGACAGCGUCUCCAACAGCAGCACCGACUGAUUCUCCAACCGCAGCUCCCACAGCUGCACCGACGGGGGCACCGACAGCUUCCCCGCCAGCACCGACAGUUGCACCCACUGCUGCGCCGACCGCAUCCCCAACAGCAGCACCGACCAAUUCUCCAACCGCAACUCCCACAGCUGCACCGACGGGGGCACCGACGGCUCCACCGCCAGCACCGACAGCUGCACCCACUGCUGCGCCGACCUCGUCUCCAACAGCUGCACCGACUGAUUCUCCAACGGCAAUGCCCACAGCUGCGCCAACGAAGGCACCGACCGCCCCCCCGCCAGCACCGACAGCUGCACCCACUGCUGCGCCGACCUCAUCACCAACAGCUGCACCGACCGAUGCACCGACUGGUGCACCGACACCAGCGCCGACAGCAGCGCCGACUUUCGCGCCGACAUCUGCGCCGGUUCCUCCGCCGACCGCUGCACCAACGCCCCAACACAUGUGGGCAACCAUCUCGGGCCCGUGCACUUUGGACGGCACAUGUGUGCAGAGCCCGAACCAUCCUAGCAAUUAUGGUGGAAACGAGAUGUGCACGAUCGGGAUCGACGAGGCGAACGCAGCUCCGAUCGUCGUGGAAGCCUUCAACACAGAGUCCAACUCAGACUACCUCAUUGUCAACGGAGCGUACUACUCUGGAACUUCGGGUCCCUCUGGGGUCACGCCUUCCUCCAGUAUCGUAUGGUCGUCCGACCGGCGGAAGCACAGGAGCGGGUGGAGAUUGUGCAUGCCAGUGUCAACUUCUCCACCUCCUCCGACUGCAGCACCCACGCCUGCGCCGGCAGGUCCAUCGACGCCUGCACCGCCGGUGGUGCCGACUCCUGCGCCAGCUCCCCCGCCGACCGCUGCACCGACGCCCACUUCCCAGCACAUGUGGAUGACUAUCUCGGGCCCGUGCACUCUGGACGGCACAUGCGUGCAGAGCCCGAACCAUCCGAGCAAUUACGGUGGAAACGAGAUGUGCACGAUCGGCAUUGACGAGGCGAACGCAGCUCCGAUCGUCGUGGAAGCCUUCAACACAGAGUCCAACUCAGACUACCUCAUUGUCAACGGCGCGUACUACUCUGGAACUUCGGGUCCCUCUGGGGUCACGCCUUCCUCCAGUAUCGUAUGGUCGUCCGACCGGCGGAAGCACAGGAGCGGGUGGAGAUUGUGCAUGCCAGUGUCAACUUCUCCACCUCCUCCGACUGCAGCACCCACGCCUGCCCCGACAGUUCCAUCGACGCCUGCACCGCCAGUGGUGCCGACUCCUGCGCCAGCUCCCCCGCCGACCGCUGCACCGACGCCCGCUUCCCAGCACAUGUGGGCGACCAUCUCGGGCCCGUGCACUCUGGACGGCACAUGCGUGCAGAGCCCGAACCAUCCGAGCAAUUACGGUGGAAACGAGAUGUGCACGAUCGGCAUUGACGAGGCGAACGCAGCUCCGAUCGUCGUGGAAGCCUUCAACACAGAGUCCAACUCAGACUACCUCAUUGUCAACGGCGCGUACUACUCUGGAACUUCGGGUCCCUCUGGGGUCACGCCUUCCUCCAGUAUCGUAUGGUCGUCCGACAGGCGGAAGCACAGGAGCGGGUGGAGAUUGUGCAUGCCACUGCACCGUCGCCCUCGCCGACUGCAGCACCCACAGCUGCGCCAACUGCACCGACGCAGCGCCGACUUUCGCGCCGACAUCUGCGCCGGUUCCUCCGCCGACCGCUGCACCAACGCCCCAACACAUGUGGGCAACCAUCUCGGGCCCGUGCACUUUGGACGGCACAUGUGUGCAGAGCCCGAACCAUCCGAGCAAUUAUGGUGGAAACGAGAUGUGCACGAUCGGGAUCGACGAGGCGAACGCAGCUCCGAUCGUCGUGGAAGCCUUCAACACAGAGUCCAACUCAGACUACCUCAUUGUCAACGGAGCGUACUACUCUGGAACUUCGGGUCCCUCUGGGGUCACGCCUUCCUCCAGUAUCGUAUGGUCGUCGGGUGGAGAUUGUGCAUGCCAGUGUCAACUUCUCCACCUCCUCCGACUGCAGCACCCACGCCUGCGCCGACAGGUCCAUCGACGCCUGCACCGCCGGUGGUGCCGACUCCUGCGCCAGCUCCCCCGCCGACCGCUGCACCGACGCCCAGUUCCCAGCACAUGUGGGCAACCAUCUCGGGCCCGUGCACUCUGGACGGCACAUGCGUGCAGAGCCCGAACCAUCCGAGCAAUUACGGUGGAAACGAGAUGUGCACGAUCGGGAUCGACGAGGCGAACGCAGCUCCGAUCGUCGUGGAAGCCUUCAACACAGAGUCCAACUCAGACUACCUCAUUGUCAACGGAGCGUACUACUCUGGAACUUCGGGUCCCUCUGGGGUCACGCCUUCCUCCAGUAUCGUAUGGUCGUCCGACCGGCGGAAGCACAGGAGCGGGUGGAGAUUGUGCAUGCCAGUGUCAACUUCUCCACCUCCUCCGACUGCAGCACCCACGCCUGCCCCGACAGUUCCAUCGACGCCUGCACCGCCAGUGGUGCCGACUCCUGCGCCAGCUCCCCCGCCGACCGCUGCACCGACGCCCAGUUCCCAGCACAUGUGGGCGACCAUCUCGGGCCCGUGCACUCUGGACGGCACAUGCGUGCAGAGCCCGAACCAUCCGAGCAAUUACGGUGGAAACGAGAUGUGCACGAUCGGGAUUGACGAGGCGAACGCAGCUCCGAUCGUCGUGGAAGCCUUCAACACAGAGUCCAACUCAGACUACCUCAUUGUCAACGGAGCGUACUACUCUGGAACUUCGGGUCCCUCUGGGGUCACGCCUUCCUCCAGUAUCGUAUGGUCGUCCGACCGGCGGAAGCACAGGAGCGGGUGGAGAUUGUGCAUGCCAGUGUCAACUUCUCCACCUCCUCCGACUGCAGCACCCACGCCUGCCCCGACAGUUCCAUCGACGCCUGCACCGCCAGUGGUGCCGACUCCUGCGCCAGCUCCCCCGCCGACCGCUGCACCGACGCCCGCUUCCCAGCACAUGUGGGCGACCAUCUCGGGCCCGUGCACUCUGGACGGCACAUGCGUGCAGAGCCCGAACCAUCCGAGCAAUUACGGUGGAAACGAGAUGUGCACGAUCGGGAUUGACGAGGCGAACGCAGCUCCGAUCGUCGUGGAAGCCUUCAACACAGAGUCCAACUCAGACUACCUCAUUGUCAACGGCGCGUACUACUCUGGAACUUCGGGUCCCUCUGGGGUCACGCCUUCCUCCAGUAUCGUAUGGUCGUCC